AUGGCUGGAACUGAGGUGAAGAGAAUUUUGGGUAGUUCCUGGCUUGGAAGAAACAGUUUUGUUACAAAGUAUGGAGGAAAUUUUUUAACGGGAUGCAUCGAUGUUCUACUAAUUUUGAUACCGCAUCUUUUAAUAUUUUCACUGAAAGGGUUGCAGAAGUCGAGGGCAAAGAGAAUCGAGAAGUCAACCUCAGUGGACAUACCCAAUGAUAUCAUCUUCGACGUCCUUACAAGAUUGCCAACAAACUCACUUUGUCACAUGCGUUGCGUAUCUAAGACCACUUUGCGCAUGGUUGAUAACCCAUAUUUUGCUACAUUGCACACCCCGCGUCUACUUAAUUCGUCUGGUACCAACUAUGCUGCGGCUGUUGAAGUACCACAACUUAUGCUUCUUGCUCAGUCUUGGUCCUCUCGGGCCAAACGUUCAACAGCCUUGCAAUCAUUGAAAUACAGCGGCGAGCACGGCUUGACAAAAAGCAAACAUUGGCAUGCAAAGAUUUUAUCAGAGUUUGGUAAUUACCAAGUAGAUUUUGUUUUCUGUAACUUGGUUUGCUUUAAACAUGAGAUAAGGACAUUUGGAUUAUUGCUCAAUCCUCUUAGAGGACAAGUUCUAGAGCUCCCAAAGAAUCACCUCCUUCCAACCUAUGGUAAAAAGUGGUACGGCAUGGGAUUUGACAGUAUAACUAGCACUCACAAGAUUGUUUGUAUUUCUCAAAUUGACCGAUACAGAAACUUGAUACGCAAACAUCCUGAUAUAUUGGUGGCUCAUGUUUAUACAUUGGGAGCAAGAUCAUCAUCGUGGCAAGAAAUACACCAAGUUCCUCAAUGUGAGUUUACUAGCAAGAAUGUAUCUGCAUAUGGAGACAUGCAUUGGUUGAUUGAUCGUGAUGUGAUUGGAGGAAGCCCGAAUUAUAUUAUGUCUUUCGAUUUCAAGAAAGAUGAAUUCGUUUGGAAUCCUUAUCCUAAUUCAUCACAAGGUUUUGUAUGUGGUUCGCAUGACAUGCAUUUGCUUAAUUUGGGAGGAUGUUUGGCCAUUGUGUCAUCUGGGCAUUUGUCUGUUGAGAUAUGGGUGUUAAAAAAUUAUGAAAAGAAAGAGUGGGUGCUAGAUUACAAAAUUGACAACAAAAUGUUUUUUGGCCACUCUCUUAGAUCGAUUGAGACUUGUGGUGAAUGGGAGCACGGCAUAUUUCUCACUGAAAAAUAUCCUAUAAUAUUUUAUUUUUGGGACAUGAGAUACAAAUCCAUGAGAUACAUAAAUCAUGAAACAUUAUUACCAGGCAUCUUCAGUUAUUAUCAUCUUCCGGGUACUAGGCGGAGUCAAUCGAAGCUGAAGCUGAGCAUCCUCAGUUAUACUAAAAGUCUGAUUUCCUCAGAGACUUAUGGCAAUUUGGUUGAAAGACGAGUGUGCAGUGAAACAGCAAAAACGAGGACAUGGCAGAUUGAAUGA